AUGGCGGGCUGGUGGUCGCCGCCGCGCUCCGCCUCGCCGCCGCCCCGCGCCCCGCCGCCGCCCCAGCCCCACGCCUGUCGCUGUCCCCACAUCCUGUCCAACAGCUACCACUGCUUACCGCACUAUGAAGGUUAUCACGAGGGAGAAGAGGAAUCCAGCGGCGGGGCAUUACGGGAGAGGGAACUGCGGUCUCUACAUCGCACCGUGCCUGCUCUGCGCCGCCGCGAGCUGGACACCAGGCCCAUCAAGCACCACUUCUAUCCCGAAGGGGGUUGGGGUUGGAUAGUUUGUGGUGCCGCGUUCCUAGCACAUCUGCUAUCGACAGGAUUACAGCUGGCUUACGGAGCUUUACAUGUUUAUGCUUUGAGACAUUUGGGUCCGACAGCCGAUCACGCUGUUUGGGCCGGUGCUAUUUGCGUGGGCGUGUCACGUGCGGCUGGCGCGCUAGUGGCAGGUCGAAAACGGUCGCCCAGACUGGCUGCCUUACUGGGUGGACUUCUGUUACCGCUGGCCUGCCUCUUCACUUCUUUCGCCACACAACUGCAUCAAACUUUACUCAGCUAUGGUAUAGUUCUGGGCGUUGGUUGCGGGCUGGUGCGGGAGGCGGCGGGCCUGGUGCUGGGAGCGUACUUUCGCAGGCGUCGGCAGUUUGUCGAACUAGUGGCACACGCCGGCGGUGGUGUCGGCAUUGCGCUCUUCAGUGUGGCAUAUAAAGAGGCAGUGGGUAAACUGGGAUGGCGACUAGGUCUGCAAGCUGUGACAGUUGUGCUAGUCCUGGCGUUUUUUCUAAGCGCCGUGUACCGCAGCGCGUCACUGUAUCAUCCGCAACGGAGAGCGAUACAGCAUUUAAAAAAUCAACGACGUAAGGUUAAAGAAAAGAAAGGAUUAAAAAGUUCGCCAUUUAUUGAUUUAAGCUCACUUCGGUCGCGACCCGCAAAAGUUUUGUCGUUAUCUACAGGCUUGGCAGCGUUCGGUCUUUACACUCCGGUAUUUUUUUUGGCGCUACAAGGUUUUCAGGAAGGCUUAGAGGAGAGUGCACUUGUGUUAUUGCAAACAUUUCUAGGCUUUGCCGCUGUGUUAGGCUGCGCCGGAUUUGGACUUGUGUUGGUUCGCCCAUCAGCUCAGUGUUUAGUAUCAAAACAAUACCUUUGUCAAACAGCUAUGCUAGGUAUAGGAAUUUCAAUGCUUGCCUUGAGUAGCGUAGAAGGUUACCAUGGCUACGUACUUUUCGCGUGGAUGUAUGGUUUAUGCCUCGGUGGAUUUCUCUAUUCAAUAAAAAUGCUGACAAUGGAGCGCGUUCGAGGUCGUCACUUCACUAAAGUUUGGAGUUUUGUGCAAGGUGCAGAAGCGUUACCGGUUAUCGUAGGUGUGCCGAUGACGGGAUACAUCAAUCAACAAGCGCCACGCGCUGGGUUUUACUUUUCUACUGCUGCUACUUUAGCUGGUGCACUGAUGCUGUUCUUCGUUGGCUUUUCAAAGCGUGAGCCGGAAGCUCCACCACCUGCGCCCGCGCCUACUGUCUCAGACCCUUGUGCUUGUAUGACGCCGCCGAGAUGUGAGCCAGCGUGGUGCGCCUGCAGUGCUGGUGGGGCAACUGCGUAUUGUGCAUGGCCAACCACCACUUGCACCACCCGUCUGCCGAAAUCACUGUCAUACGCCGCACCACUCAACCGCACAUGCUGUUCCGCGACAACUUAUCCUGAAUGCUGUCGUUCUGCAAUCUUGCGACCUUCACGCAGCGUCCCAGAAGGUCUUGGCAAAUGUCCGAGCACCUGGAACCGUGCGAGCUCUUGUAGGACUUCAUGCAAUCGCCGCGAUGUUCAUCUAAUCGAGCAAAUAACUACGUCCGUAUGAUAUCGAUAUGUGAAAAAUGAAACAGAACUAUUGACUAAAACUUUAUUCAACUGUUCAAUUCUUUAAAUAGUGUAAAUUGUGAUGUGAUUGUGUAAAUAAUGUGUUUAGCGAAUUUUUAACAAAAGACUUCUAUCAAAUAGCAAAAAUUAAUUUGUAAAACUAAUAAACGGUUAAUAUUUGUGCUACAAAUUAACUCUCAUAAAAGU